AUAGAAAUGACAUAAAGACGCUUUUUUUGUCAUUCAAGAACAAUUUAUCAUAAAAAAAUGAUGUCGAUAUUGUGCCUUUAGUUUUAGACUGAAAAUCAAGCCAAGAUUAUUAAAAAGGUUAAUAUAUUUAUACUAUUCUUUGAAAAGGUACGGUUUAUGGCUUAUUUUGAUAUUGUAUGUGUGAUGUAUUGUAAUAUGACUGUAUGAAUGUAAAGUAAUGCCAAACAAAAUAAUAAUACUUAACUUUGUACAUCAGGCUUUCUAGUUGUUAUGGUUUUGAUAUAUCUUGUCAAAUACAGCUAUGAAACGAUUUUGAACUCAAUAGACAAUACAGUCAGACAGCUGUAUAUAUACAGGUUUGAGUUAUUUUGGCAAUGUCUUGGCCAAAUUAAUGACAAAAGAAAUUUAUAAUUAUGUGAUAUUUAUAAUGGCCGUUUGCUUUAUUCUUGUUUUAUUUGCGUGUGAAAAUAUAAAACAGCUGUCAACGUAAUAUAUGGUUGAAAAACUUUUACAUUACAUAAAUCUAAAGUUUAAUAUACUUCCGUUUCAAGCGAACACUUUCAUACUUUACAUGCUAAUAUUUGUUUCAUCUUUUACAGUAAAUAGUGAAUGUGUGUACCUAUUUUCAAGUGUUAUUAAAUAUAUACUCUGACUAUAAGUCUAUUGUAUAAAAUUGCUACAAACGGGUUUUCACUUUAUUUCAUCAAUAUACAAGUUAUGUAUUUUUGUAUUAAGCAUAUGCGAAAACCACUUGUGAAAACAAAGUCAGAUUUCUAGUACCUAACUGAAUUUUUAGAUUAUUAACAGCUCUGUCAAAAAUUCUAUUUCCAGAGUAAAAUAAUUAAAUGAUAGAAGAUUCAAGGUAGCACAACCAGGCUUUGCAAAAACAUAGAACCUAGUUAAGUUAAUCUGUUAAUCCUGUUAUCAUCAAUUAAGCUGGAAACUCUAACGUACACAUGUGCAGAAUGGACUGUGCCACAUCUUUAGUUUAACCCAUUAAGUUGCAUUGUACACCAAUUCGCCUUACUUUAUUAUUUUAUUUUAUCUAACGCCAGAUGAAUUUACUCAUCAAGGGGAGAGCACUGGUGCUCAACAGGUUAAUCUACCCAUGUGUCAGUAAACCCCUUAAGUUACACAUACUGCUCACAAACAUGCCCUACUUUAUCAUUUUACCCUGUCUAAUGUCAUAUAUUAUUUUACUCUCUUUAAUGCCUGAUGAUUUUACUUGUCAAGGGGAGAGUGCUGGUGCUCAAUGAGUUGAUGAGUGCAUACCUCACCUCGUUGAGGAUAUUCAGAAUGAUUUAUAUAUUUUAAAAAUUCAGAUCUGAACAAUGCAAACAGCGUCGCAAGUACCAGGUUCAGUGGGGUGGAUUGGACUCAUGAGUGACAAGACUUUUGAGUUUGCAUACAGUCCCCUGGAAUUUAUCAAGAACAAAACUAAAGAACAUCAAUCUCCUGUUUUUAAAGUUAGAAUUCUUAAUAAACCAACCAUAUUUUUGACCUCAAGUGAUGCUGUCAAAGAACUGUUACAAGGUAACUAUGCAUUUGCAGUACUUUUGGUAGAAAUUGAAAUUUGGUUAUUUCAGGUUAUAUAAUUUAUAAUUAUAGCAGUACAUGUUUUGUGUGACAUUAACUCAUUAAGUUUCUUAAAAGUCGGUACGGACACACUCUGCCAGUUGAGCUAUAAUGAAAUUUGAUGGCAAGUUGAGUUGCACAAGUGAAACAAAAAGUCUAUAUGUAUAUAUGUAUAUCUAUUAAGACGAAAACAAAACCGCACCAGUUUCCAAAAUUUAAGUGUCUCUAACCCAUCCUCUUCAGUUAAUUCUAAAUUAUAUCAUUUAUAAUUUCGUUUUCUUUUAUAGACCAGAAUCAAUGUUUUGAAAUGGGUUACAAAGACUUUGGGUAUAUGCAUUCCUUAUUUGGUGAUCUUGUGAUUUUCUUUAACGAAGAUGACAGUGUGUCGAGACUCAGAGGUCUUAUCCAUUCUCUGUUCAUUCCUCAAACAGAACAAACUGUUACAGAUGUUGUAAACAGAUCAUGUGAUCAUCAUUUUCCAAGUUUUGAACAACACAACUCCAUUGCCAUCUAUGAUCAUUUUAAACAGCUCACGACUGAAAUGUGUCUAAGUUUAUUUCUUGGCUUGGAUUGUAAGGAGGAAAUGAAGAAGAUUACUGCACUUACUAUCACUCAUUGGCAUGGUAAGUUGAUAACACAAUGCAGUGGAAUCCCACCUUACAACCACCCUGUUACUUAGUAUGGUCACCUUGUUAUUAUGACCACUUAUUUUUGUCUCUGGAAAAUGCCAAGACAAUGCAUUUUUUAAGCUACGUUUACACGCUGCAAUUUGUCUUGUACGAUUCGUAUUCUGGCGUAUGAAAUUUACUGCUGACGCCACAAUUCCUCUUCAUUCAGAUUAUGGCGAAAUUUGAAAUGCAACCGCUUUACAUGUGCUUAUUCGAUUACAUAUGCUAGAAUAUGGAUCAUACACAACACAUUGCAGCGUCUAAACAUAGCUUUUUAAUUGAAGAAUACCCUGUUAAUACAGCUACCCCAUUAUGGCCAAAUUUUUCAGCCCGUUCUUGACUGUAUUAACAGGGUUCCACUGUACAUUAAUUAUCACCCUCAGUUAUAUAUACCAACAUUAUAUUUUCUUCUUACAAAUGAAACUUUUUUUAUUUUGGUACCUCUCUCUAAUUCAAGUACCUUCUCUCUAAUUCAAGUACCUCUCUCUCAAAUUCAGGUGUAUCUCUCUAAUUGCUGAACCAGUGUCAGAUGCCUUUCUCUAAUUCAUGAACCUCUCUCUAACUCAUGGGCAGCCAUUUCUAAUUUUGGAAAGAAUUUCUCUCUUCUGGGACACCUCUUUAAUUCACAUACCACUCUCUCUAAUUCAGAUAUCUCUGUCUAAUUCAAUCACGUCUCGCUAAUUCAGGUAUUUCCCUCUAGUUCAGAUCGCUCUCUCUAAUCCAGAUACAUUAUCGCCCGCAUUUUUAAAAUUUUGAUACAAUACCCCUCUCUAGUUCAAAUACCUCUCCCUUUCCUUCUAAUUUUGGCACAUCUUUCUAAUUUGGGUUCCUCUCUCUAAUUCAGAUACCCCUCCCUAUAUUAUAUGCCUGUCUCUAAUUCAGGCACCUCAUACCCUUCUCGAACUCAGUUGUCUGAAUUAAUUAAAAUAAUUCUUUCUAAAUCAGAAUACUUUUUGAAAUGAUUUCUAACACAUACUUGCUUUGCCAACAAAAGCAUCGUAAUAUUUUAUGAUGUCUAAAUACUCUUUCUCUUCUAGGUUUAAUAUCUGUUCCAAUAAAUUUAAAAAUUGGUAACUACACAUCGGGUUAUGCUUUGGCCAUGGAAGCACAGGUAUUGGACUAACAGUCAGCUUAACAUGGUAACAUGAAUGAUAAUUAUUUCAUUAUGAAAUGUUUUGAUUUUUAUAGGGUCAUUUGCUUGAGGUCAUAAAGGAACGAUUACCACUAAGUAAAAAUUGGUAGGUAAUUUUUGGUAAAGCUUUGAUUUUGUAUUUUAUCAAACUUUUAUGGAAAUUGACCUGAACUAUUGUACUUUUCAUGUUAAUAGUUUCCUGAGGACAAUGAGCGAUGCUGGUUUUCGUAACAUUGAUGAACUUAGCAGACAUAUGUUGCUGUUUGUAUCUGCUUUGGUACCUAAAGCAUUGUCUUCCUUGCUGACCUCAUGUUGCCUUGAGCUUGCUAAACCACAUAAUGUGAGUACUUUAAUGAACCAAAUUAAUUAUUGUAUUAAAUCCAUUAGUGCAAAAGAUUCUUGAUGAUUAAAAUCGUCUGGCGUUAGACAGAGUAAAAUAAUGAAGUUGAGAGCUUCUUUAUAUUGAGUUAUUUUGCAAGGUUUUGUCAUCUGAGCACUGGUGGUUCAGUGGUAGAAUUCUCGCCUGCCACGCGGGAGGCCCGGGUUCGAUUCCCGGCCAGUGCAUCUCUUUUCAUUUUUUGUUUUACCCGAUUUAUUUCUCUUUUUUUUCUUUAAAGUAUUACUACGAUUUAGCGUUCUACAACCUUAAAAUGUGAUAAAAUUUUUUCCCAAUAUUUUUUACUGACGGGAAACUACUAAAAGUGACACAAAAUAAGGAAACUGGCAUUAGUUUUUGUCGUACCCAUACCUCUAGCAGUCGGGAAACGUGCGCGGCCUGUUGUCGAGGGCGGGAAGAAAGAGGGUACUAUUGAGGCAGAACGAUCAUGCGGGUUUAAAAUUGACCUUUUCAACAAUAUCUGCGCCAUCGUAAAUCGUCAUGCAGUGUGGUUCAGCGAAAAUAAAAAGGCACUAUAAAUUUAUUGUAAAAAUCAUACAAGAAACAAAAUAUUUGAAUUCCCUCCUAAAUAGGUUUUCAGAAAGUAAUUUAUAUUAACCAUGGGUCAUGCCCAUGGCAUACAGUUUUAAACAAAAUUUAACUGACCCUUAGCUUUUGUUCAUGGGCUAACUGGUGUGUCCUAACUAUGGCUAUGCCGUAAAUAAUAGUAAAUAUGGCACUGUUGUGCCCUAAUCGUUACUUUUACAUCCUUUCAGAAUGCUCGGCGUUUACGAGCUACUACAGAUGACGAGUACUUACAUAACGUAUUACUUGAAGUACAACGACUUUGGCCACCAUUCCUUGGGGGACGAAGAAUUGCUAAAAAGGUAGGAGGAAUUGUAAUGGGUUGGGGGGGGGGGGACGGAGGUGGUGAUGGGGAAUGGAUUAAGUUUUGGGUAAGAGGUGAACUUAGAAUAUAUCAAAAUUUAACCGGACUUUUGUCCUAAAUUUUGCGGGUGGUAUGGAUGUACACUGUGUUUUUCUUUUUAGAGCGUAGUCCUGGACGGAUUUCAAAUUCCCAAAGGUUACUCGGUGGCAUAUUUGACACGGAAUGCUAAUAUGGAUCCGACUGUGUUUAAAGAACCGCACAAAUUUCUGCCUGAACGCUGGGAAGCGAGGUAAGUAACCGGUGUCGAUCAUUCGUUUGUGAUGUUUUCAACAUUGCAAACAAUAUGUGAACAGCUUUCUGAACACGGAAUGGCUAAUUACUCUUGGGUAAAUAUUUGUAAGGAUUUUUGGGGGCUUCUCACUUGAUAUAACUAUAAAUUGUUGGACGGAUUUGUAGGUGGGCAUUUCGAAUGCCAGAGGGCCUAUAGUUUUUUUGCCUAUAGUUUUUUUUGCAUUUUUUUGCAACGGCUCCUGUUAGGCGAGGUCUCCUCUCUCUUCCUCGGGUUAGUUAGCCGAUAGUUGCGUUAAUUGCUCUUGGUCUUCUUUCGUAGUGACGCACCCGCAAGAUCGCGUGUUUUCACGUUCGGUUAUGGACCAAGGAAUUGUAUUGGACAGCAUUGUAUAGGACGCAUAAUACGCGUGAGUAUUGCCUUACUCUACUUCGAUAAACUGGGAUGCUUGAAUCGAAAUAUGAUGUGAUAAUUACCUCCGUUAUUUUUGACUCACGGAUGUGGCGAAGCAACAAUAUCUGUGAGUCUUUGUAGUUACUUGAGUGUGGGUCAGUUAAACAAUGGGAAAUGACCAGCCUGCUUUGCGCGCACUGUUUGCCUGCGAAUCGGGCCUUUCAGAACCGCGUUCGUUCUUUUGAUUUGCUAAAAUUCGCAUGGUUCCCGGUUUGUAAAAACAACUGCAAACUGCUCCAAUUCUUUCUGUCACUUUCAUUUGAUCUCAUCCGUGAGUCUGCCUCAACGGCCUUGGAUGUCACCUUGGUUUGUACGCAGGCCUCGAAUUUCCCUGAAAUCAAUCGACGGCAAUGGCGUUAAAAAUUGCCGUAGAACGUAACAGCUGUCUACGGCAAUUUUGGCAGUUUCCACGGCAUUUUUCAAAUUACUGUAAUAAAACUUUAAUUUUAUUGUUACUUUGGAUUUUUGACAAGUUAGAAACAUGUCUACGUAUUUCUUUAGUGUUUUUUUUUUCGAAGAAAACUGAGACUAAAAAAGUGAUUUACGCAUGAUUUGAUCAACAUCUGAAUUCAAGUAUCAAAGUAGUAAUAUGCACAGUGAAUAGUAUAAAAAUUGCACUAUACGGCAAAAAAUUGCCGUCGUUGCCGCAAUGAUCCACGGCAUUUUUUUCUCCCUCUGCGGCAAUUGCCGCGAUAAAAUUCGAGCCCUGUUUGUAUGUGUGAUUGUCUUUCAGCAGGAUGGCAUGUUAAGAGGGUUUUAUCUCUUCUACAGGCCAUAAUGAAAAGAUUACUGAAUGAAUAUAGUUGGGAGUUGGACAGUGAUCAAGACUUGACAUACAAAUGGCUACCAGUGUCGAGACCAAAAUAUGAUGUCAAAGCAAAAUUCAGAAAGAAGACAGGCAGUGAGUAGUUACUUAAGGUAGGACAUUAUGUAAAGGGAAAGCAUGGUGUGUGCUGCGCGUGCGCCAGAAAUUUUACUUCAGUGUCAUUUGUAUUUAGAGGCAUGUUCGUAUUUAAGGGCAUGUUCCCGGGACGAGCUGCGAGGUGGGAUGAUUUUGAUUGUAUUAGCCAUUCCAAAGUUGAUGAGUGGACUGGGGACGAGUGUUAAAAAGUGUCCAAAUUAAGAAAUGAACCAAAUCACUAAAAAGAGCACCUCAAAAUUAGUAAGUAUACAAAGUUUGAAGACGUUUACAUGAAUACCCUUCAAAUAACAAGCUUUUGAAAAUCGCGAUAUUUACUAUGAAAUGUAUUGUAAUUCGUGUUUUUGGGACGCGCGUCCCCAAAACAAUCUUUUAAUCAGUAAUUUCACAAUUUUCGAAAGCUUAUUAUUCGAAGGGUAUUCAUGUAAACGUAUUCAAACUUUGUGUACUUACUAAUUUUGAGGUGGUCUUUUUAGUGAUUUGGUUCAUUUCUUAAUUUGGGCACUUUUUAACAUUCGUCCCCAGUCCACUCAUCAACUUCGGAAUGGCUAAUUGAAUUCAACAAAACUACAAUUUUCUAGUGAUAGAUUAUUGUAUAAUUGUAAACGCUAGGUAGUUCAAGCAGGGAUGAUAAUCUUCUUGAACUACGAGAUAUUCCCGCCAACAUUUGAGUUCUUUUAACUGGCGUUUGAACUUUCGUUUAAGCGUAUAGUGAUUUAAUUCAACACAUCAAAUCAUCCCGCCUAUAACAUUCCGUCCCGACCAUGUAAAGUAGCCCCCUAAAUAUUGUCAUUCAUUUUUAUUUGAAAUGAGAAAUAUGUAAAUCAUUGUAAAUCAUACAAGUCCCUGGUGGACAGCAUAUAAUGAGACGCAUGGAUACAUAUUGCUACUCUAACGGGUGUAAAAAUUAUGCUAAUUAACGUAAUAAUUUAACUAGUCAUGAUUGAAAAAUUUUAAUAUUUAUUUUCUGGUUUGAAAGCGCGGUAGGAAUAUUCUGUAAAAGUUACAAUUCCAAAAAUGUAUUUAUCACAAUCAGAUCAUUAUGAUACUAAGACUAUUAAUCUAUACAUGCUACAUUUCUCUCUAAGAAUAACUGUAUCAAAUAACCUGGAAAAACAUGACUGGUCACCAAUCUUUGGUUAGGAUAUGUAUAGUCUUUUAAAGUCUCUAAUGGCCGAGCGAAAAUGACUCUGGGAACGAGAAUGAUAAAAAUCUAACCCUUCAUUUAUUAUGUUAGUCCCCCCUUGAAUUUGCCAAAGUAUUUUGCAGGCAAAGAUUGCCAGACGUUAAAACUUGCGUUCACAAAUAUUAUGGGUCUUACAGAUAUGCUUUUAGUAAAUUUUGAUUGGCCAGAAUUGUUUUCAACUAUGGGUAUAUUUGAUACUGCUAUUCGUAACCCACAUUAAUUACCAUAUAUACUGGGUACAAUUAUUUAAUUUUUUAACUACAAGGAUAGAAUUAAAAUAUCAAUUCAAGUAAUAACAUAUACAAUAACAAGAAUAUAAUGUGAAUUCCUCAAUUGUAAAAUGCUAUGACAUAUAAAAGAAAUUAUUACCAGACCGUAGUUCUCCCAUUAUACUAACUACCAUAUAAAUAUCAUAAGAUCACAAAAUUUCUAACAAAUAAAAUAAAUUGCCAAAACAAAAGUAGGAUAGAUAUAAGUUAGUGUAAAAAAUCAUACAUAAAUAAUUUUGAAUAUAUGAUGAUUGUAUAUGAAUAAUUGUUGUAAAACGCCCUAUGCCUAACUAGCCUUACUGUUUGACAGCAUUUAUUGGUAUAUUCAUGCAUGCAUAAAUAGCCAUAAUAGCGAAAAGUAAGAAGUGUGACACAUGCAAGAAAUUUUGAUAUGACCUGCUUGUAAACCGUCUAUAUGGACAGAAUAUAAGCUGUUAUUUCGAGUUGAUAGUGGCAUAGACGUUUCAUGUACAUUCAGCGAUUUGACAAGUUUUGGUAUGCGUGCGACGAACGCAGCGCACAAUUCGUGUAAAUGCAUAAUUUGAUUAACCUAUUUAGUGUUUUUUGCUUUCCUAAUAUUUCAAAAUGCGACACCUACGGAUACUACAUUCAAAUGACACCAUAAAAUUGUGGCCAACUACCAAUUCCUAUGGAUUUCGCGGAAACACACGUAUGGGUUUUCUUACCAUGGUACUCCAAUGGACCUUUAACCUUAUAACUAAAAUUUUGAUCUAGACAAAAAUUUCAUCACAGCUUGAAAGAGCAUCACAAAAUUAGUAAUAUUCCAAAGUUUCGUUACGAAAUGUUGUAAAAUGCGGAUAAUAUAGCCCUGCGAAGUUU